AUGACCACGGUCCCUUGCGGCAUCUUCGAUGACCCCAAGCUCGUGGCAGACGUGAACGAGGCUGUGGCCACGAUCAAGAAGGCCAUGGUGCAGAUUGGUGAGCUGUCAGCCUCAAUGACUGCUCUCAACGUCAACCAGAUGACCCGAUGGAUCAACACCAAGGAGGAGCAUGCCGGCAAGAUUAUCACCCUGAUGUCGGAGUACUGCCUCUGCCAGCGCAUCAAGCCCGUGAGUGACCCCAAGACGCCUUUCUCCAGCGAGGCUGACUACAUUGCAGCACUCCAGUCCCAUCACCAGGUGAUGCUCGCGGCUGUGAAGUGCAAGCAGAAUGUCGACCCGGCCCUUGCAGACACCCUUGCUGGUGCGGUGGCCGAGAUGAGCAAGAUGUACUGGGGUCUGUCGGACCCGGAGUUUGUCCUCAAAACCAUGAGCAACUCGAAGCCCUGCGACAUGAUGAAGGUUGUGGACAGCUUCCGAAAAGAUGAGGAGGCGCACUUUGUACUUGUGCAGAAAGCACCGAAGAACAUCACCCUCCUGGACAAGGAAUAUGCUGACAUUCUCCCGAAGACCGGCAAAUGCCUUAGCCUAGCCUUGUUGGAGUCCCAGAAAGCUGGGACAGAUUUUGCGUCGACCCUAGCUGCUGAGGAGGCGGAGGCCGCGGCCGCAAGUGCUUCGACUACAACUGCCCUGCCAGGCGCUGACGGAUCGCUGGCGGAACAGAUGGUCAUCUUUCCGGGCCUCUUUGAGUUCAUGACACAACGAGACAAAGAUGUGAAGCAGCACUUAAAACGCACGAAGCUGCGAAGCCUUUGUGUCUACUUGAUCCUUGCGAUUCUCAGCGUCUGCAAUGUGUAUCUCCUGCGCCCAUCGGGUGAAGGGUACUACUGCACCAAAGGUGUCUCGGAGCUCUUGGCAGGAGGCGUGCACUCCCAGCCCCUGGAGACCAUCAGAGACAUCCCGGAAGUCUGGGAGUGGCUGGAGAAGACCCUGGUGGCAGAGGUCUUCACCGACAACUCGACAUUGCGCCGAAGCAACUACCUCGUUGGCUACCUGCAGGUGCGCCAACAGGAGGUGGCUGCUCCUUCUGCUCUCCACUGCAAGGGUAUCGAGGAGAGCAACGGCAACUUCUCCUGUGUGCGGGUGAAGUACGAGGAGAACAGUGCGAUGCAGAAGGAACAUGCCUUGCUGAAAGCUUACUGGCUUGACAAGCUCGGCCAGGACGGGAGGUCUGUCCAUACGAAACCCUGGGAGCAUCAUCGGCCUUCGCACAGUACUUCAGGUGCAGCUUCGAAAGCUGCAUCUUACGAGCACGCUGACCCAUCAGGAUUUCGCUUGGAGUACAAUCUGCAGUACACGCCAUUGAGUGAGGUGCGCGUGGCGUUCUUGCAGGACAUGGCCUUCCUACGUUCGGCAGGGUGGAUUUCAGCACAAACUCGGGCUCUUCACAUCAGCUUCGUCUCCUACAACGCUGCAUACCUCAAAUGGAUUUGGAGUCGGUUCACUUUUGAGCUCAGCGCGUAUGGAACCAUCCACGCAAUGUCGAGCAUCCAGCUGUACCGGCCACGUGUCUUUGACUAUGGCUUGGAGACGGACUUGCUUUUCACUGAUGUUAGCAGGUUCGUGCUGGUGUUUUACAUCCUCUUUCAGGUCUACUGGGAUUUCAGCUACGCACAGCAGAAGAAUGGAGUGGGUUGGAAACACCUCGUCACAGCGCAGGCUUUGGCCGACGCAGUGAUCGUCAUCCUCUUCAUCGUCGUGUUUGCAUUGCGGAUGUCUUACUUGCGAAGUGAGUCGACUGUGGGCUACACGGUGUCUCACGUCAUCUCCUUCCAAGAUGCUGGCCGCAUGGCCGAAUAUUAUGCCUUGCAUGCUAUACUGGACACCGUCUUGAUGGCCCUAUGCACCUACAGAUUCUUCUAUUUCCUGCGGGUGAACCGUCAGGUGUACAUCUUGUGGGCGACGGUGCACCGUGCCUUCCGGGUAGCUUCGAGGCUGGUUCUUUUGUUAGCGCUGCCCGUGCUUGUGGGCUUCGUUCUUUGCCACAUGGCUGUGGCAGGCCCAUCCGUGGAAAGUGGUAGGACUUUUGGGGGCUCUUUUGCCCGGACCUUGAUACUACUUUUUGGCGACAACAAAGCAGUGGUCGAGUACGAGCCCAACCGCUUUUACGAGCUGGCUUACAAUGUGGGCUUGUUCUACAUGGGAAGGCUGGUUAUCGCCAACACGUGGACUGCCAUUCUGAUGCAAGAGUAUCAGAAGACACGCGUGGCUGCCGGUCAUGAUCCGAAGCGCUACCGAUGGAAGGAGUUUGACUGGGUUGACUGGAUUCUCGCCUGGCCUCUGAAGAACCUCUACUUGCGCCUUCGGCCCUCUAUACGGCCCGUCAAGCGUUUUCACGACGAUGAUAGCCUUGAAUGA